AUGAGCGCAGAACCUCAACCUCCAUUCCACAAACAACUUUUUGAAUGUACAGCUGUGGUGCUGAGCAUCAUAAAUAAUCGGGAGCCAGUUGAAUCGGUUGACCUUGGCCCCCUCACAGAAGGCCUGAUCUCCCUGCAAGAUACACUACUGGGUUCCCUACACAUUUCUGAUUCUAUGCUUGAUCCAUUUUAUUUGCUCUGCCUUCUCCCUUGCAAGGCUUUCAAGGAGCAAAUUUUGCCCGGCUGCAAUAUCUCAGUGGCCGGAUAUAAACUCCGUCAACUACAAGAUGUGUUGUUGGCGUUAUUUCAUGCGCUUAGCACUUAUCUCAGCAUCAUACGCUGUGCUCGGGGUCAGUUUGAUGGAAAUACCAAGGCACGAUGUAUGGAUUGCCUAUCUCGUGCAGUUGAUGACCUUGGGAAGCACGAGACGCAUCUUAAAGGCCUCAAAAGCCUCGAUCUAUCUGUUUUACUUCAGAUAACUGCUACACAGACGUGCCUACUAUUAUACAAGAAUCGCCUCCGUGACUUUGAAAUUGGCUCUUUACCAUCCACCUCACCCUUCUGUGAUUGUAUUAGCCGUGGCAGUAAUAGGACCUCCUCUUCGCCAAAUGAUAUCAUUAUAAUCCGACUUGGGGAAUCUGCGAAGAACCGCCUCGCUGAGUAUGGUGAAUUAUUAUUGCAGGAAAUCUCUCAAGGACAUGCGAGAAAAGAAGACAUUUCAGCGAGGUAUAAGGUGGUCCAAGAACGUUUUGAACGUGCUCUUAAAGAUCUUCGGCGUGAUGAAGAAUUGGAAUUAUAUGAAACACUGACGAGGGGAUAUCGACUCGAUUUUACGUUGCCUUAUGCAGAAAUGAUGCAUCCUGACUUAUGA